UGAGGCUAUGCUGGCUGGCUGAAUGUAGAAGUCCAUCAAUUAGCUUCUUAUCUCUCCUAGAAAUUUCCCCAAACUUGGAACCAAGCUCACUGACAUCUGCUCAGCUGAUGGCUCUUUGUUUUUUGAAAAUAAGGCAGUUGCUCUCCCAUAAUGAUAAGGGAGAUACCCUCCCAUUUCCUACAAUCUUUCAACUAUUCCUUGCAGUAGCAUUAGAAUUUGAGGGAUUCAUCUGACUCUAAUGGAGAAGUAUUCUCAAACUGGGUGUCUAGGGAGGAGCUGAGACCAGAAAAACAGUCAGCUGGCUACAUGGGCACAUAACUGAAGUUAGGAGGGUAUGAGGUCACUACAGAGAGAGAAGAGGGUCUAGGGUGGAAUCUUUUUUUUUUUUUUAAUUUUUUAUUUAAUACUUUAUAUUGACAGAAUCCAUGCCAGGGUAAUUUUUUUACAACAUUAUCCCUUGCACUCGUUUCUGUUCCGAUUUUUUUCCCCUUCCUCCCUCCACCCCCUCCCCUAGAUGGCAAGCAGUCCUUUAUAUGUUGGAUAUGUUGCAGUAUAUCCUAGAUACAAUACAUGUUUGCAGAACCGAACAGUUCUCUUGUUGCAUAGGGAGAAUUGGAUUCAGAAGGUAUAAAUAACCCGGGAAGAAAAACAAAAAUGCAGAUAGUUCACAUUCGUUUCCCAGUGUUCUUUCUUUGGGUGUAGCUGCUUUUGUCCGUCAUUUAUCAAUUGAAACUCAGUUAGGUCUCUUUGUCAAAGAAAUCUACUUCCAUCAGAAUACAUCCUCAUACAAUAUCUUUGUCGAAGUGUAUAAUGAUCUGGUUCUGCUCAUUUCACUUAGCAUCAGUUCAUAUAAGUCUCGCCAGUCCUCUCUGUAUUCAUCCUGCUGGUCAUUUCUUACAGAACAAUAAUAUUCCAUAACAUUCAUAUAUAGGGUGGAAUCUUGUGGCGAUGAGGCAGCAAAGCAAAUGGAAGCCCUCUUUGGAGGGCUGGGCCUGGAUCCUCGUCAUGCUCUAAGGGCUAUGGCCCUGUGCAGUGAGGGAUGCCCAGCCCAUCACCUCCCUUGGGUAAGUGCUGUCUGUCGUUAUUAAUAGAGGCAGGAAUGGAGGCUAAGGCCAGAAGAAAAUUCCUGGUGCUCAUCUGGAUCCUUUGGGAAGUCAGUGAGGAGCCAGCCUGACUAUGCUGAGAGGGUGGAGAGUGGAGAGACAGGAGAGAGUCAAAUAAUAUCACAGAAUUUAAGGGGGAAGGUGGACUCCUUAGAGUCCAGACCAAGUUCCUUAUUUUAUAACUGAGGUUCCUGAGACUCAUAAAAGUGAAUGACAUUCAAGGUCACAGAGGUAAUUAGUGCCAGAGGUGGGAACUGAAGCAAAAUCUGAUUGCAAAUCCAGCACCCUUUCUACUGCUCCUGCCUCUUGAAAAGAGCAGUCAGUCUUUGAGCUGGCCGUGCCAUGCUCUCUGCUAGGUACAGGGAUUACAAAGCCAAAACAUGAAACAGUCCCUGCUCUUAAGUAUGAAAAGCUUUGUCUGAGCUUCAUCCAUGUCACGCCCACUAACUAUGGAUGUCCCCCCCACCCCAACUCUGUCCUGGACUCUCUUCUCUCUCCACUUUUUUUAGUGAUCUCAUUAUUUCCCAUGCAUUCAGUAUCUCUAUGCUGAUGAUUCCCACUUUGGUAUAGCUCAUCCUGCUUACUCUCCAUCACUUGCCUUAUUGGAACUUUCAAAAUGGAUGUUUAAAACUCAGCGUGGCCAAAAGUGAACUCAUCUUUCUCCAGCAACUUCAGAUGCAACAUAGCCUUAAAACUAAGCUCACCAUUCCCCCAGAGCCUCCCUCUCUCCCAAAUUUUCCAGAUACUCUCAAUCUCUCAUUCUCCUCCUCAUCCCGCUUCCCCCACUCCGUGUGUCUGUUUUCAUUCCUUAGAUCCAAUCAUUUGCCAAAUUUUGUUAUCUCUCAUCUAGAUUAUAAUGUUUUAAUUGGUCUUCCUGCCUCAAUUUGUCCUUCACACGGCUGCCAAAAUGGUUUCCUACACCGUGGGUCUGAUCCAGGCCCGUUCCCUCCCAGCCAUUCCCCACCCGCAUCCAAACUCCCAUGUCUCCCUGUUAUCUCCAGAUCAAGUACAAACAUUUGUUUGGCAGUUCAGUUUCUUCAUGAUCCGGCCCUAGAUGUUUCCGGGCUUCAUACCCAUUAUUCCCGCACACCCGAAGGUCUGGCCAUACAGGUUUACUUGCUAUUCCUCACCCGGGAGAUUCUAUCUGCUGUGAAGAGUGCGGGAGACCCGGGUUCGAAUACUCCCACCUAGUGGGCCUUCCUGGCCAGUUGGCUUAACCUCAGCACCGAGGGGAGUGCGGGGCCUGGCUCUCCAUUUCUCAGCAUCCCUGGCUUCCUCUCUCGGCAUCCCUCCCUCGGCAGGCGCCCUUCCUAGUUCCCCCCUUGUACGGCUCCCUGCCCGUCCGAGUGGAAGCGCUUUAAGGGCAGGGACGGCGUUUGGGGAAGGGGCUUGCUCUCCGCCGCCAGGCUCAGCCCAGGACAAGUGCUUACUGAUGGGCCUUACAUUCCGUGGGGGGGAAACGCCUUUGCACAGGAAUACAGGCUCAGUGAAGGGGUGGUGAGGGCUGGGGGCACUGGGAAGGGGCUGCCAGGAGGGAUUCGAGGAAGGGAAUGGAGGAGGUGGUUUCAGUCAUAAGCCCCAAGUUCCAGCGCUCGUCUGUCACCCACUGCCUGUGGGGCCCAUCGCUGGAUCACAGAGGGGGGGUUGCCCUAAGUGACCCUUUUGGACCAGGGCCCUCCUGGCACUCGGGCUGUGAGGCCAGUACAGGAGCAUACAAUUUCAAGCCGCCAGGAGGGGCUGUUGGGCGAGCCUUUUGCCAGGCUCAGUUUCGUUAUUUUGUGGAGGCCGGGGAGGAGGGGGCACUCGGUGCAACAGUUUCCAUGUAUUUUCCCCCCUCCCCCCUCCCUCAAGCUAAGCUGCCCACACUCGAGGGACCAAUAGGAGGCUAUAAAGUGUGUGCCUGUCAGCCCCCUUCUCUGAAGGGCACUGGACCAAGGCCAAGGCUGCCUCCCCCGGAAGGGAAAGUGGGGGAAAGGUCAUAGAUCUUGUUUGAAAACAAGCAUCCAAAGGAUCGGGGCGGAGCUGGGGGGGCGGGGGUAGGGGCGGGUUGGGGGAGAGGAGCCCAGGGAACUUGGCCAGAGAACUUGAAAUUGUGGCGUGAGAGCGGGGAAAGGCUCUCCCAGUUUCAGCGGCUCUUCCAGGCCAGGCGGCACCCAGAGUUGGGGCCGGUGCUUGGGCCCGCCGGGGUGCCCCCCACCCCCUCCCCAGAUGCCUGGUAGAGCAUCCCAGGAGCUGCUAGAAGGGCGAUUUAUCUAGCCAGGCCCUACGAGGGGCGGAAUCUGAGCGGUGGCUUGGGGGCAUCCGCUUGUGGUAGCACUGAAAUCCUCUUUGGGAAAGCUGAGAGUGUGCCCUUCUUCAGCAGGCUGGCCGCGCUCAGAGACCGGAGAUGGAGCUUUUCGCGUGCCCUCUGCCGAAGCCCAGGCUUCCUCUGCGGAGGCUCUGAGGCCCCCGCGCCGCUUCUGCCCGCACUGCUUACCCACCGAGGCCCGGCGGAGCCAGAUCGCCCGCAGUGUGGCCUGGAGGGCAGCCGCCCAGAGCCCAGUACCGAAGAUCCGGGCGAUAACGCGAGCAGAAGGCCUGACCUCUCAGCGGCUGGGACGGCCUUCUGCACCCAGGGCCUCAGAUCGCCUGACCUUCCAUGAAAGCUGCUGUGGAGGACUUCUAGGAGGAUGCGUGCUGCGGGUCUCUGUACCGCUUCUCUGGCCUCGGUGGGCUUCCUCCGAUUCCUGGGACUGCCCUGGUCCUGGGGUCUGGCAGCUGCUCUGACUAUCUAUGUGGGCACCGGUGGUUGGCGUUUCCUGCGCAUUAUUUUCAAGACAGCACUGAGGGACCUUUUCGGCCUCUCUGUGCUGAUCAGUGUGCGCUACGAGCUCCGGCGGCACCAGCAGGCCAGGCACACCAUUCCCUCCGUCUUCCAGGAGGUGGCCACCCGGCAGCCCCAGAAGGUGGCCCUGGUGGACGCGGUCAGCGGGCGGCAGUGGACGUUCCAGCAGCUGGACGAGUACUCCAACGCCGUGGCCAACCUGUUCCUGCAGCUUGGCUUCGGCUCCGGCGACGUGGUGGCCAUGUUCCUGGAAGGCCGGCCCGAGUUUGUGGGACUGUGGCUCGGCCUGGCCAAAGCAGGCGUGGAGGCUGCCCUGCUCAAUGUGAACCUGCGGCUGGAGCCCCUCACCUUCUGCCUCAGCACCUCGGGGGCCAAGGCCCUGAUCUUUGGGGGGGAGCUGGCAGCCGCCAUUUCUGAGGUGAGCAUACAGCUGGGGAAAAACCUCGUGAAGUUCUGCUCGGGGGACUUCGGGCCGGAAGGCGUCACCCCCGAUACUCACCUCCUCGAUCCCAUGCUGAGUGAGGCCUCCACAGCCCCCCCGAUGCAAGUGCCCCAUAAAGGGAUGGAUGAUCGGCUCUUCUACAUCUACACUUCUGGCACUACUGGGAUGCCCAAAGCUGCGAUUGUAGUACACAGCAGGUACUACCGAAUUGCAGCCUUCGGACACCAUGCCUACAGAAUGAAACCCUCGGACAUCAUUUACAACUGCCUCCCUCUGUACCACUCAGCAGGAAACAUCAUGGGGGUGGGGCAGUGCCUCCUCUAUGGGCUCACCGUCGUCAUCAGGAAGAAGUUUUCAGCCAGCCGCUUCUGGGAUGACUGCAUCAAGUACAACUGCACGGUGGUGCAGUACAUUGGUGAAAUCUGCCGGUACCUUCUGAAGCAGCCCGUGCGCCCAGCAGAGAACCAGCACCAUGUGCGCCUAGCUGUGGGCAACGGACUCAGGCCUGCCAUCUGGGAGGAGUUCACCUGCCGUUUUGGGGUCCAGCAGAUCGGAGAAUUCUAUGGGGCAACUGAAUGCAACUGCAGCAUCGCCAACCUAGAUGGAAAGGUGGGCGCAUGUGGUUUCAAUAGCAGGAUCUUGCCCAAUGUGUACCCAAUCCGCUUGGUGAAGGUGAAUGAGGAUACAAUGGAAUUGCUGAGGGAUGCCCAGGGGCUCUGCAUUCCCUGCCAGCCUGGAGAGCCUGGCCUUCUAGUUGGGCAAAUCAAUCAGCAAGACCCACUUCGCCGGUUUGAUGGGUAUGUCAGUGAGAGUGCAACCAACAAGAAGAUAGCAUAUAAUGUGUUCCGGAAAGGAGACAGUGCCUACCUGUCAGGAGAUGUGCUAAUGAUGGAUGAACUUGGCUACAUGUAUUUCCGGGAUCGGAGUGGAGAUACAUUUCGCUGGCGUGGAGAGAAUGUCUCCACAACUGAGGUGGAAGGCGUCCUGAGCCGUGUUCUGGGCCAGACUGAUGUGGCAGUUUAUGGGGUGGAUGUGCCAGGAGUGGAGGGCAAGGCUGGAAUGGCUGCUAUUGCCGACCCCCAUGCUACGCUGAACCCCAACGCCUUGUACCAGGAGCUUCAGAGAGUACUUCCACCUUAUGCUCGGCCCAUCUUCCUACGCCUCCUGCCUCAGGUGGACACGACAGGGACUUUCAAGAUCCAGAAAACACGGCUUCAGCGAGAAGGAUUUGACUUGCAUCAGACAUCAGAUCGACUCUUCUUCCUGGACCUGAAGCAAGGGAGAUAUAUCCCCAUGGAUGAAAAUGUCUACAAUGGCAUCUGCACAGGAGCCUUCUCCCUUUAAUAGAGCCUGCUGCCCCAUCCCUUGCCCUCUUUCUCCCUGGCAGUGAUGGAUGGGACUGAGGACAGCAACCAUAGCCCCGCCCUGCCCUGCCCCACCCUGCCCUGGAUCUAGCCAGUCUCCUUCUCUAAGAAUGGGUGUGGUGAGGGAGGGCAUAAGUUGGCCUAAUGGGAUUUAUCAAAAUUGCUUCCUAAGCCCUUCCCUGACCCUUCCCUCAGGUCCAGGCUCCACUCCAAGCUGGAGCUGAAGUUGGACUGGACUUGAAGAGGAUCCUGCAGAGGAUCCUCAGGGUUGCUGGAGUAUUUGAAGAUUGGGUUGCAGCCAAGAGGCCCACAAGGUUCUAAGCAUUUCAGCCCAUGUGGUUCCUUGGACGUUUCCCCAUCAUAGGAUACUGAGUUUGGAUGUGUCCGGCUCUUCUCCCGGGCCUUUGGGGCACUCCUGACGAACCCAGGAUGGUGGAGCGGGGCAGGGUUUGGGGAGCUGCCAGAAAGCCCUGUCUCCUCUGGCCUGCUUCAGCCAGAAUUAGUCAGCAAGGGUCAUUUCUCCCCUUUUCUUUGCUCUUUAACCAUAUACUGCCCCAGACAGGGCUACAAUGUCAAUGCCUCUUUUGCACAGAGGGGACCAUUCCUGCCCAUUUUAUUGGUUGUGCCUUAAGGAACCCUCCGUCAUUAAGUCACUGUGUUCCAGUACUUACUUAACUUUUAACUCAAGUUUAAGCUUCAGGAGUGGACUUGCCUCCAUUCCCUUACUCAGUGCUGUGAGCAGUGGGGACAGUGCUCCUGUGGACAAGAGUGGACGGGCCUGAGAGGCUGCAGGCCAACAUAGAUGGUUUGUGCUUAAUCCAAGUUAACUGGAAAUCUAUUAUCUGAUCUCUGACCUCCAGUGGAAGCCCUCCUCCCAGUCCUGCUGCCAGUUACUUCAGAAGCCCACACUUGGCACUUCUGGUAGUGACUAUGCAGAUACCCUGGUAGCGACCAACUGAUGAUCCAAGGGCUUCUCAGGCUGGUGAUGAGUACGUGCUAUUUCUUGCAAGUGUUUUCAGGCAUGGCAAUUUUAUUUUUUAGUUUUGAGUUAAAAAAAUAAUAAACUUGAGAAAAAGCUCUGACAAAAAAAAAA